AUGUCAACCAAGGCAGAGCCUGCACCACUGUCAUCGUCAGACGAUGGUAGCCGCAAGGCAGAUCUCAAAUGUUUUUCAAGCUCGAUCGAUCUUGCCCGAAAGUUCACCGCAACGGUCAAGACUCUGGCUUCGAACUCAGAAUACCGCUAUGUAGCUGAGCUGAUAGACCAGAUCCCUCCCCUCGAACAGUCAGUGCUGUCGAAAGAUAGAGAGAUUCAAGGCCUCAGGGAGAAGAACCGGGAGCUUGAAGAGGAAAGUGAGAAGGCAAGUAGGCGGUUAAUCAGAGCUUACGAGAGAGAGUACGACCGAUUCAAGGAUGAGAAAUCAGCUCUGGAUGGCAAGAUCAGUGGCUUAGAGGAAUUGAGCAAAGCUCAAGAGGAGAAUGUGAACCGGCUCAUGGCAAGCGAGAGCGAGCUCAGGGAGAAAGGACGGCAAGUCAAGAAUAUGUGGGUUGCAGAAAAGGAGAAAUUGUCCGAAGCAAACAAGGAGAUCAAGAAAAUGGAAGGAGAGGCCAACAAAGCUCUGAUAGAGAACUCUCGGUUGGACAAAGAGCUCACUCAAGUUCGAACUGAACUGUCUGGUGUGAGAACAUCCUUCGAACGAGCCAAGGCUAAAGUCUCGGUACUUGAACAAGAGCUCUGUUCCAAGGAUAAGAGCUUGACGGCAAUAGAAGGGUUGGGUGUUACUUUGAGCGAGGAAUGCUACGAGAAGUCGUAA